CACCUAUAUCCUUCCCUUAUUGCCGUAGCAAUUGCUCUGUGUGCAUUUAUUCAUUACGUGGGACGCAAAAAUACCAAAUCCGGGACACGUAGGUUACCGCCGCAAGCGGGUGGCGCGUGGCCAAUUCUCGGCCACCUUCACAUCUUCAGUGGCUCUAAGCUCCCGCAUGUUGCCCUGGGAAACAUGGCAGACAAAUAUGGACCAGCUUUCACUAUCCGGAUCGGCGUGCACAGAGCGUUAGUGGUCAGCGACUGGAAAUUAGCCAAACACCUCUCCACUGUCCACGACGUUCACAUUUCGACCCGUCCCAAGUUUCGAGCAGCCAAACAUUUGGGCUAUGACUACAUAAUGUUUGCUUUCUCGCCCUACGGUCCUUACUGGCGCCAUAUGCGAAAACUUACUUCGACUGAGCUACUCUCCACCCGACGGCUUGAGCAGUUGAAGGGCAUAAGAGUGGCCGAGAUUGAGACCUCUGUAAAGGAGCUCUAUAAAGUUUGGACUAAAAGGUUCUAUUUGGGCGAAAACAAAAAAUCCGACCAUUCUGGUCAGGUUUUGGUGGAAAUGAAGAAGUGGUUCGGGGACAUAACUUUCAACGUUUUCCUUCAAAUGGUGGUCGGAAAACGUUAUUUUGGUACGAGGGCAGUUGGUGAUGAGAAACAGGGGCGGCGUUGCCAGAAGGCAUUGAGGGAUUUUUUCAACUUUCUUGGGGUUUUUGUGCCCGCCGAUGCCCUGCCUUUUCUGAGACGGUUAGAUAUCGGAGGGUAUGAGAAAGCCAUGAAAGAAGUUGCUAAAGAAAUGGACUCUCUUGUUGAGGAAUGGUUACAAGAGCAUCGUCUGAAGAAAGAGACAAAGGAAGAAGAUUUCAUUGAUGCGAUGCUUUCGCAAAUAGAAGGGAUGGAUCUUAAUGGUUUUAGUGCUGAUAGUGUCAUCAAAUCAACCUGCAUGACUUUGAUGGCUGGGGGUGCAGAUACGGUCACGACCAUGCUAACGUGGGUUCUAUCUUUGAUGAUGAACCAUCCCCAUGUCUUGAAGAUGGCUCAGGAGGAACUAGACAGUGUAGUUGGAAAGGAAAGAAGGGUUAAUGAAUCAGAUAUUAAGAAUUUGGCAUAUCUUCAAGCUGUUGUAAAAGAAACAUUAAGGUUGUAUCCGGCAGGUCCUCUUGGAGCUCCAAGAAUCUUCACCAAAGAUUGCACCCUAUCAGGAUUUCAUAUUCCAAAUGGUACUUGGCUAUUCAUUAACAUCUGGAAAAUCCAACGAGAUCCGCAGGUUUGGUCUAGCCCCGAUGAAUUCAAACCUGAGAGGUUUACUAAUAGUCAUAAAGACUAUGAUGUUUUGGGACAAGACUACGAGCUAAUCCCAUUUGGUGUGGGUAGAAGAAUAUGCCCGGGAACAAAUUUUGGUCUUCAAAUGUUGCACUUGGUGUUGGCUAAUUUGUUGCAUUCUUUUGAACUUUCAAAUGUCUCUAAUAGAGAAAUUGAUAUGACAGAGAAAGCUGGACUAACCAACGUCAAAGCCACACCACUUGAAAUUCUCAUCUCUCCGCGUCUUCCAUCUUCUCUUUAUUAAUCAGCCACACAUUAAAAUCAAGAUAUGCAGUGUGUACAUGUAUGUUUAUGUUUUAUAUCCAUUAAGCAUAGUUUUUAAUCAAAUUCCACUUUAGUAUUAUGAUUCUUGUCCAAGAAAAAGUAUUAGUAAUGGAGAAGUGGUUGCCACGAGUUUAAUUUA